AUGCGUUUACAGGUAACUUUCGAGCAAUUGUACAAAUAUGGUAACUGGGAUGAUUGCAUUGCAUUUUUUCUUCGGUCAGUUGAAGAUUUUGAUUACUUUAUUGGUGAGAAUACAUGGUGCCGUGAAAAAUGUGCACGAGAACAUAGGACAAACAAGAAAACAGGCAUAGAUGCUGGAGAAGACAUUGCGGAGAUCGCAUUAAUGUAUGCUAAUGCGCAACAUGCAUUGUGCUUAUUCCGUUGCAAAAGUGAACGGUUGACAUCGAUGAGGCCAUCAGUGAAUGAUCCUGAUGUCUUCGAAGAAUUUCAAAAUCGAAAACCAUAUCAGUACAUGCAGAUCUGUUACUGGAAGCAAAAUGAUUUGGCUUCGGCUGUCAAAAGUGCCUACACUUACUUGGUAGCUAAUCCAAAUGAUCAAGAAACGCUUGACAACUUGGCAUUUUACAUGGAGCAAGAAGGAUAUAAUGAUAAGAUGCUUGUUGAUGCUCAGCAAAUGAAAUAUGAGGCAAGUUAUAUGAACGGUGUUAAAGCAUAUAACGAUGGAGACUGGCAGCUAUGUGUUAAUGACUUAGAGACUUCAGUCAAACAAUUUUUAGAAGAGGAACAGAAAUGCCGAUAUAUUUGCGAAGAUAAAUUGAAUUGGGAAACAUUUGAUGGUGUUAAUCCAGAAAUUACCAUUAUUACUACAAGUAUAUAUUUAUCUGUGUUACGUUGCAAACAUAACUGCGUAAAGAAGUUAUCACGAGUAAAUGGACAUGAUAUCGAGUCUAUUCUUCCCACGUAUUUCGACUAUCUUCACGUUUGCUACUACAAAUUAAACCGUGGAAGGGAUGUUUGUGAAGCCGUUGCAAACAGCAUCUUACUGAAUCCAUAUAAUCCUAUUAUGCGCCGCAAUAGGCUAUUUUAUUCAAGAACAUACAAGAAGGAUGACCUCUUCAAACCAACUGAUGAAAUUGUUGAAUUUCACAAACGUUAUGCAAUUGAACAGUUAUUUCUCGAUUUUUUACCUCCUGAAAGAGUAGAUGAUCGUCUUCCAUUAGAUCUAAUCAUACCCAUCAAUGAUGAUUUCGAUUACUCAGCAAUUGAGAAAGAACUGCUGAGCGAAGGUGAGUGUUCAGCACUAUCUGUAGCCGCUAUAUUCGAAACAAGAACUGCUCAACAAAAGAAAUUAAUGGUGGAAGUAACAGACCGAGUAGCAACACGAUACAGAACAAAAACUGAACUUCGCUCCCUUACUUGCUCCCCAGAAACGAUGAAUAUUAAGUGCAAUCAUCAACUAUUUGUUGUGUCCAUUGACCGAUCAAGUUGUGGAGCAUUUCCAAGUGAACCAAAACCAAAUACUUGCUCACUUAUUUUUUGUGUAGAUACAUUAGCCAAUUCAAAACAAGCAUCCAAUCCACAACGGAUUUUCAUCAAAUAA